AUGACAGACAAGCUCCCGCCCAAUUUGCUGGCGCUCUUCGCGCCGCGACCCCCCCUGCGAUGGGUAGAGCCUCCUGACUUUGCGCCUGAGAAGAGAAAAACUGCACCCAUUGAUGGUGUCGCCUCGUUCUUGCCAGAGCUUCAGAAAUACAAGGAAACGGAUGUGUACAACCCCACAGAAAGUUGGCUCGAGGCGAGGGACAGAAAGAAGCAUGAGAAGAAGGAAGCUGUCCAGACCUUGCUUACGGAUGGGCCUAAGAAUUACACUCCUAACGAGGAUCCGAACAUUCGCGGCGAUGCGUUCAAGACUCUGAUUGUUGCGCGACUGAGCUACGACGCUGAUGAACGGGACUUGGAACGGGAGUUUGGCCGGUUUGGCCCAAUUGAGCGCAUUCGUAUUAUUACUGAUACUCACGCGCACGAAAAACCCAACAAGAAGAAGAAGGCCCACCGAGGAUAUGCCUUUGUCGUAUUUGAGAGAGAGAAAGAUAUGAGAGCUGCUUUGGAUUCCUGUGAUGGCAUUCGCAUCAAAGACAGACGCAUUAAAGUAGAUGUCGAAAGAGGCCGAACAGUUAAGGGAUGGAAGCCGCGUAGAUUAGGCGGUGGCCUCGGCGGACGCGGCUACACCAAAACAGCACCUGCUCGCCCUGGUGGUGGCCCUGGAGGCGGCUUCGGCGGUGGUGGUGGCUUCCGUGGUGGGUUUAAGGGAUUCGACGGUGGCCGAGGCCGAGGCGGCUUCCGCGGCGGGUUUGGUGGUCGCGGAGGAGGCUUCAGAGGAGGCGACGGUCCUCGCGGCGGCGACAGAAACGGCUUCGGGGCACCAAGCGGAGCUCCAUCCGGCCCAGGAGGCGACCGAAGGAACGGUGACCGCGGCUUUGGCGGUGGGUUUGAGUCCAGAGGUGGACGAUCGUUUGAUGACAGACCCGGCGGUGGUUACCGUGAUGGCGGUCGUCGUACCGGCGGCAACAUGGAACCCAUUGGACGCAGAGACGGUGGGUUUCGCGAUAGGGAUCGUGAUCGUGACCGUGACCGUGAUCGGGACCGCGACAGGGACAGGGACCGAGGUGGUCGUGAUUACGACAGGCCGCGUGAUGAUGAUAACCGGAAACGAGGAUAUGAAGGGGGAGGCUACGAGGAUCCCAGAAAACUACGACGGUACUAA